AUGAUAUUCUCCGUGAACAAUGGUGAAUACACAGUUUGGCUUCCGAUAUACUCCCUAAAUCCAAAUUUAUCGAUUUUUCUGGAAAUCGGCGAAUUUACUCUAUCCCUGGCGGUGAUGAUUUUUUCAAGUGUCACAUCUUACACAAUAGCUUCAAAACCGGCUUUUCAUCCGAACUUGAAUAUUUUAAUAUUUAUAGUUAUUUUUAGUUGGUCAGCAUCUGCAAUAGGCCGGCUUUUUAUAAAAUUCGGAACUUGGCAGUUUUCUGGAAAUUUCAGUAAUAUUAACUGUAUUAAUAGCACUGCUAUAAACAACUGGUGGACUUCUGACGUCACAAAAAUGACGUCACUCGGGUCGCCGCUGGAGGCGUGGCCUUUAUUUAUGGGCGGCGCAUUUACGUGGUAUUAUAUGAUACUUCUUAACACGUGUCUAUUAUUUAUAUCGAUUGAGCGGCGGUUUGCCACGUGGCUCAUCGAAAAUUAUGAGAAUACUGCGAGAGUCUAUCUGCGGGUUUUAUUGAUUUUCGGGCAGCAGAUAUUGAUUUUUUCACUGGUCUACGUGACGUUUUUCAAUUUAAUCAAUUUUCUGGCAAUGGCUGGGUUUCUCGUGGCGAUGAACAUUUUUGCCACGUGGCUUUUUGUGGGAAAUCGAUUCACGAAUUUGAGAAUUCUACGAGAGUUUGAUCGGAACUCGAUGCUUCCUGUUAGAUUUCAGGCGAUGGAGAAUUUGAGGGUUUUUGAUCUAACCCUGCGUAUAUUCCUCGUUGGUUUUAUUGGCAUAAUAUUUGUUUUCACUUGUGUAAUUAUUUUGGUUUUCGACUUUUUCCCCGAAUUCGAUAUUUUUAUAGUCUAUUUUUUUGAUAACAUGAUCCAUUUAAACCCCCUAGUCACAUGCCCUGUGCUCAUUUUCUCCGUGAGCACCUGGAGCAAAGCACUGCUCCGACUGUCGUGGAUCUCUAAAUUCAAUAAAAUGACAUCUGAAAAUGCUCACAAAGUACAUCCGAAGCCAACUCAGCAACAGGAAACGGACACUUAUUUUCUGCAAUUGAAUAAAUCAUGGGAAUAGGAAUUUGAAAAAUUAUUUCUGCUUGUGAGACUAUCCAAACAUUUUUAUUUCGGAAAAUGUGAAUAAAUUUGAUU